AAUUUAUUCCUUUCUUUAGUAAAAAAAGGCACACCAACAGAUGAGGAAUUGGAAGAAUUAGGAGAAGAAAUUGCUGAAAAGUGGAUGAAGCUUGGGCGUCGCUUGGGGGUCAAGAAUCCAAAACUACAGGAUAUAAAACAACGAUAUGAGGAGCUGAGUGAGAGAGGAUACCACAUGUUAAUGCACUGGAAACAGGAGAAUGGUUGUAAAGCAACGUAUCAAAUUUUGAAUUCUGCAUUACGGCAUAAACUCGUGCAGCGCAAAGACUUAGCAGAACAAAUUUGUUACAAUCAUGACAUACCAGACGUACCCAGAAAUCAUUUUGACGUGGAAGUCUGCCGGCGUGAACUUGCAGAGCAUUACAAAAGAACCGCCAAGGUACCAACCUCUGUGUGGUCCAAAAUAUGUGCUGUGAAUAUUCACGAGAUCUACACUCGGCUGUCCUGGGUGAAAGCGGAACAAACCCCAGCUGGGUCAUCACGGGCUGUGCUGAAUCACUACACUGAUGUGUUCGCUGAAAACAAGAACGGAUUGCUAUCAAACAGGAUACUCGUGCAAGGGGAGACUGGAAUCGGGAAGAGUACGUUUGUGAAGAAACUGGCAAUUGACUGGGCUGAACUUGACGAAAACAGGUUGACAGAUGAACAGAGAGCUAUCCUGAAGAAGUUCGAGCUUGCUGUUAUUAUUGAUCUCAAAAAGGUAUCUAAAUACCAAAACCUCAGAGAUAUCAUAAGCGCCUCCCAUAUUUUUGCC